UUGUCAUAACGUUUUUGGAGCACCAGCUGAGCACAACAGAGGCUUCCUCUUAUUAUCAUCCCUGAAUAUAUUAUAAAUAAUCAAUCAACAUUGGCAAAAUGCUGCGACUCGUGGCGUUUCUUGCCUUUGUCCUCGCAAUCGUCAAUGCUGAUCUUGUGAGAGUUCCAGUCCAUCGGAUCAGUACUGUGAGAAAAACCCUGAAGGAGGUGGGAACUGACCUCCACCAGGUGCGAAUGAGAUAUGGAAACCAAAGGGAAGGACCAGAACCUCUUUCCAACUACAUGGAUGCUCAGUACUAUGGGGAAAUUAGCAUUGGUACUCCUCCACAGAAAUUUAAGGUCGUCUUCGACACCGGCUCCUCGAACCUCUGGGUACCCUCCAAAAAAUGCCACUUCACCAACAUCGCUUGCCUCUUGCACUCCAAGUACGAUAGCAGCAAAUCAUCGACUUAUCAGAGCAAUGGGACACUUUUUGCUAUUCAAUAUGGAUCGGGCAGUCUUUCUGGAUUUCUGUCCAAUGACAAUGUGAAUAUUGCAGGGUUUGACAUUAAAAACCAGGGAUUUGCUGAAGCCCUGAGUGAACCGGGACUAGCUUUCGUGGCCGCUAAAUUCGAUGGUAUUCUCGGUAUGGCUUACAAGAGCAUCGCAGUUGAUGGUGUGACCCCCCCAUUCUAUUCCAUGUAUGAUCAAGGAUUGAUCAAACAGAAGAUAUUCAGUUUCUACCUCAACAGAGAUCCAAAUGCUACACCUGGUGGUGAGAUGAUCCUCGGAGGAUCCGAUCCAGAACAUUAUCAGGGAGACUUCACGUAUAUCUCAGUGGAUCGUCAAGCUUAUUGGCAGUUCCAGAUGGACAAAAUCAUGGUUGGCGAUGCUACAUUCUGUCAAGACGGUUGCCAGGCAAUAGCCGAUACUGGCACCUCUCUCAUCGCUGGGCCAGUACUGGAAAUUGCAGCAAUUAACAAAGCAAUCGGUGCCACUCCUCUAGCCGCUGGAGAAGCGAUGGUCAGCUGUGACCUUGUCCCGAAUUUACCCAAAAUUCAAUUCAUUUUCGGUGGUAAAUCAUUCGCCCUCACAGGAGACGAUUAUAUACUGAAAGUUAGUCAAUUUGGAAAAACGAUAUGUCUUAGUGGAUUUAUGGGAAUUGACAUUCCACCACCCAAUGGACCCCUUUGGAUCCUCGGAGAUGUCUUCAUCGGUCGUUACUACACGGAAUUCGAUAUGGAGAACAAUCGCAUUGGUUUCACCGACGCCAAAUAGAUCCCUUUUCCGAGAUUAUCCUCAUUUGAUCAAAUAAUUCAACAAACAGAAUUACAUUUACUCGAAUUCGCUAUUUUCGAUUGAUUUUUGAUUUUUUUUUUUAGAUUUUAGGUGCCACUCGUAUUGAUUUAUACUCGCACGCGAACAAAAUACUUCCUUAAAUGAUUUGAUGAUGUACUAAUCAAUUGUCUGUUGAAUUCAAUAAAUGCGAAGAGGCCGGUAUUUUGUAUCAAAAAAAUGUA